UAUUUAAAAACGUCAUCCAUUCAUGAACCCUCCACAGCAUUUCAAGAUUCAUCGUUACUCUGUGUACACGUCUUGUAGUGUUGUGAUCUGAAAAUGAGUGGAAAUUUCCUGACAAUACCUAGCGAUGAUUCGAUACGACGCCGGUCGCGGAGUUCUUCUUUAACGGACUUGAUUUCGGCGUUCGACACAAAAGCGCAGGCGCACACAGACCUACAGAAAAUAACGGCAUUCAGCGGCAGCUUCGACAAGAACCACAAACCCACAUUCUCAAAGGAUGAAUAUGGCAAGCCAAUCCCCGGAUCAAAGACGGAAUCCAGAGGAGCAGAGGCACAGGCCAGAGUAUGUACAGAGAUGAAAGAACUUUGCGAGAUUAUCAAUGAGUACGGAAAAUCACCAUGCAAAAGUCUCCUUCCUCCGGAACUUCAGUGCGCUACAAAAGUUAUCUCAUUCGGGGAACUUUUCACGAUAUACACGGUAAUAUCCGAUAAAUUGGUCGGUAUUUUGCUGAGGACGAGAAAAUAUCAUCUAACUUACUUCGAGGGCGAAGUGUUAUUCCAAAAACGCGACGAUGAUGUUCCCGUAUUCCUAAUGCAGUCAAUUGCAGAUAUCAGAUCAUACUGUGAUAACAAAGCACUUCAAGCAAGAAGAUCGGUUUCACCAAUGCCAAAUUAAACGCACAAUGAAUUGUAAAUAAUGACUAAUUCUCAUGAAAAUUUGUGUUGUUUGCUGUUUUAAAAAUAAUGAAAUGAAUAAUUUGGGAAUUAAUGCUAAUGAAUGAUUAAUGUUUCUGCGCACAUGGUAAUGAUCUUAUGAGCUCAUAGGAUUACCAGGUGCGCUGAAUAGAGCUUUAUUACGUGGAAUAAAGAUUUUAAUUUGUUUAUCCAAGGUAUACCAAACUACGUUGUACUUAUAUAUGUGGUAUAUCAAAUAUUGAUAUCACACCAAAUCUGUUCUAUAAAAAAAAAACUUUGACUUGAGUACGGCGAUUCUCUUAAUUUACUAUACGCAAAUUUCAGUUACUUAGAAAUUAACGAUAAUAUUAUAACGUUUAAUAUUCAGAGUCGUGACAAAAACGGAACUAUUUCGUAGACGUAAGGGACUUCGUAUUCUGAGUAUCUGAAAUUUUAAGCGAAAACGAACUCUGAUUUUAGUACACAAAACAACGCUUAGAUAAACAAGAAAUUUAAUAUUAAUAUAUUGAUUGAAGAAUUCUAUAUUAUUAGAACUUUUCAAUUGAUUUAUUUAAAAUUCUAGUCAAUAUAUAUUAUAUUUUAUAUGUUAUAAAAAGUAUUUAAAAAUAUAUAAACGUUGCAUCCUCUUCAAUAAUUAGAAAAAUACGAAAAGGAUUUAUUUGUAAUAACUUUUAAAAAAGUAGUGUUUUUAAUGAAAAGCUAUUAUUUUUCUUAAUUAUACAGUAUUAUAGUCAUUUUUAGCAUAAACAUGUUUUGUUUAUAUAGUUCUGUUUUAUGCCCUAUUUUUAAUCGAAUGGAAGGAAUUUCCACAUAUGUUGAUCGCAAAACUUAUUAAGGAAUGGGUCUUACUCUAAGGUUUGUUUCUGUAUUAAUAAAAUUACCAGGAAGUUAUAUCAGUAAGAUUCUUCUACGAGAAACUUCUACUUUUUUAUUAGCCCAUAAGAGCCCUAUUCCGAUAAAAUUACGAUUGAUAAAUUAACCUUUGCUAACUUGUUUUCAUUACUAGUCAAUCAAAGUCUAAUGACUUUUCGUUAUAAGUUAUCAUAAUUGAUCAAUAAGGUUAUCAUGUAAUUUGUUUUAUACUCAAGGGAAUUGAUUGAAAUGUUUGCAAGUGCCAACUUUGUAAAUAGGUGAGUUAGCGAAUAAGAAUUAUAUUUUUAAUACACUG